GAGGGUAGCCAGGUGUUGGGUUGCGCAGAGGAGAGACACCUACGCGAUCGCUCCAUACUUUCCCAUGUAUCCUGCCUUCAUCUUCUGCACGCGAGGAUCUCUAUCGAUAACCACCAUGGUGCAUCACUCUGGAUCCAUACAGUCCUUCAAGCAGCAGAAGGCAGGUAUGCACACCAGUAUCAGUGAGAUUUUGAAGGAGAAAACGCUAAAGUCGUCUCGCCGCAGUUUGCCGUGUCUGGCUCAGAGUCAGACGCAUCCUCAGAACCUCAAUCACUUCCUGUCUGUGCCUCUGAGUCCUGAACCCAAAACAUACACUCACAACAUCAGUGCCUCCUGCACAAACAUCACACCUCCUCCCACAGACACUAGUCAGGAUGUCUAUAUGGAAGAGAGGGAGGCGGGGGAGUUUGAGCCUAAAACAGAUGAAACAUUACACGUCCAGCAGAAACCAGUGUCCAGAGCAAAGCUAGAGGCCCGCACAGACUCCAUACAGGGGAACAAUUUAGAAAACCCCUCAGGAUUGAUGUUUAGAGAUGGGAAGAAGCGCAUUGACUAUAUAUUAGUCUAUAAGAAAUCCAGCCCUCAGGUGGAGAAGAGGUGCACAUUUGAGAGGAACCUGCGGGCGGAAGGUCUAAUGCUGGAGAAGGAGCCCUCAUUAACCAACAGUGAUAUCAUGUUUGUGAAGAUUCAUGCACCGUGGGACACGCUGUGUAAAUAUGCUGAGCAGAUGAACAUUAGAAUGCCCUUCAGGAAAAAGUGUUACUUCACAGACUGGAAGAAAAAAACUAUGGGCAGCCGAUUUCAGUUGAGAUUUUGUCAGCUGAAGAGCUGGCUGCCCAGAAACCCCAUGAAACUGGAUAAAGAGGCGUUACCAGACCUGGAGGAAACCGACUGCUACACUGCCCCCUUCAGCAGGGCCAGAAUGCACCAUUUUACCAUCAACAACAGAGAGACGUUUUUCUCAAACUCAACCAGAAGCAGAAUAGUACAUCAUGUACUACAGCGUACGAAGUACGAGGACGGGAAGUCUAAGAUGGGUAUUAAUCGGUUGCUUGGCAACAGCACAUAUGAGGCAGCAUUUCCUCCACAUGAGGGAAGUUAUAAAAGCAGACAUCCAGUUAAAACCCAUGGAGCUCAAAACCACAGACACCUUCUGUACGAAAGAUGGGCGCGCUGGGGGAUCUGGUACAAAUACCAGCCUCUAGACCUCAUACGGCGGUACUUUGGGGAGAAGAUUGGGCUGUAUUUUGCCUGGUUGGGCUGGUAUACAGGUAUGCUGAUCCCUGCUGCUCUAGUUGGCCUCUUCGUCUUCCUAUAUGGGCUUUUCACCAUGGACUCCAGCCAAGUAAGUAAAGAGAUCUGUGAGGCCAACACCACUAUCAUGUGCCCCAUGUGUGAAGGCAACUGCAGCUCUUGGACGCUGAGUGAUAGUUGUGUCUAUGCAAAGGUGACCCAUCUUUUUGACAAUGGAGGCACAGUCUUCUUUGCUAUCUUCAUGGCAAUAUGGGCCACGGUAUUCCUUGAGUUCUGGAAGAGGAGAAGGGCGGAGCUAACCUACGACUGGGAUUUAAUUGACUGGGAGGAAGAGGAGGAGGAGCUACGGCCCCAGUUUGAAACCAAAUACUCCCGGAAGGAGAGAGUAAACCCCAUCUCAGGGAAACCAGAGCCCUUCCAGCCCUUCACAGACAAACUCAGCCGACUCAUGGUGUCUGUUUCGGGAAUCUUUUUCAUGAUCUCUCUGGUCCUGACAGCCGUGUUUGCCGUGGUGGUGUUCCGGCUCAUUGCCAUGGAGAAGUUUGCUUCCUUUCAGUGGGAGUUUGUGAAGAAGAACUGGCAGUUCGCCACCUCAGGCACUGGAGUCUGCAUCAACUUCAUGAUCAUCAUGUCUCUGAAUGUGGUCUAUGAGAAAGUGGCCUACCUACUUACAAACCUGGAACACCCACGGACAGAGUCAGAAUGGGAAAACAGCUUUGCCCUCAAGAUGUUCCUCUUCCAGUUCGUCAAUCUCAACAGCUCGACCUUCUACAUAGCUUUCUUUUUAGGAAGGUUUGCUGGCAGGCCGGGUGACUAUAAUAAGCUGUUUAACCGGUGGAGGAUGGAGGAGUGUCAUCCCAGUGGUUGUCUGAUCGACUUGUGCCUACAGAUGGGAGUGAUUAUGGUGUUGAAACAGAUCUGGAAUAACUUCAUGGAGCUGGGCUACCCGCUGCUGCAGAACUGGUGGUCCCGGCGUAAGAUGAAACGAGCAGGAGAGCAGAAUAACAGUAAAGAACAGCUGCCGCAGUGGGAUAGAGACUGGAACCUGCAGCCCAUGAACGCACACGGCCUGGUGGACGAGUACCUGGAGAUGGUUCUGCAGUUUGGUUUCACUACAAUCUUUGUGGCGGCGUUUCCUCUGGCUCCUCUGCUUGCUCUGCUCAAUAACAUCAUCGAGAUCCGAUUAGAUGCCUACAAGUUUGUCACGCAGUGGAGAAGACCGAUGCCUGCCCGCGCUACUGAUAUUGGAAUCUGGCAUGGUGUCCUGGAGGGAAUUGGAGUUGUGGCUGUCAUAACAAAUGCCUUUGUCAUUGCCAUCACUUCAGAUUACAUCCCUCGCUUUGUCUAUGCUUUUAAAUAUGGGCCCUGUGUGGACAAGGGUUACCGGCAUGAGAAAUGUCUAAGAGGAUACUUGAACAACAGCUUGUCUGUUUUUGAUAUGGGUGAAUUAAAAAAUGGGAGUUAUCAUACUCGAUACUGCAGGUAUCGGGAUUACAGAGCGCCUCCAUGGAGUCCUGAACCCUAUGAGUUCACCCUGCAGUUCUGGCAUGUUUUGGCUGCCAGAUUAGCCUUUAUCAUAGUCUUUGAGCACCUGGUGUUUGGCAUUAAGACCUUCAUAGCCCACAUGAUUCCAGACAUGCCCAAAGACCUGUGUGAUCGCAUGCGCAGGGAGAAAUACCUGAUGCAGGAGAUGGUGUAUGAGGCGGAACUGGAGCACUUGCAGAAAGAGCGGAAAAAGAACGGCAAACGUUAUCACCAUGAGUGGCCUUAGCCAUGCCUGUCCAUAAAUACACACACAAAAAAAUGCCCACUGGAGAACCACACGCACUACCCACAAAAGCACAUAAUGACUUGAGAAUGGUAAACAAGCAUCUUUGCAACAUGCACAACUGCAGCACAUAUGUGAACACAGACAUUCAUGUACAACCGUUCUGCUACCUUCGACGGCUAGCUUUAUUGACUCCAUGCAUGGGCUGGCCACUUUUCAUUACUGUGACAAACCAGGGAGCGUAUUCAGUGUUUGAGGUCAAAACCUGAUCUCCGGGUGGCCCUUUAGAGCCAGGAGUUGGCAGCUGUAAUCUGCACCAAAGAGGUUCUUCUCAGUCCCUACCUGAGACCUCUGAUUAUCCUAUACUUUCAUCCUGCUGAGUGCGUUUACACACUAGAGCAGUAGUUCUCAAACUGUAGUGAUUGGCUACUUAAACUGUUGUCUCAUUUAGGUUCAUUAGCUAAAAGUAGCUAUGAAAGCAGUGUGGCAAAUACGGGUGUGCACGAAUAGUCAAACAUUCGAAUAUUCGGUCUGUAAUUAUUAUUCGAACAAUAAAAACACUAUUCGAAUUUUACUAUGUGUUGAUUUGCUGGCCGUAAAUGCAGGGAAUCCAUGAUAAAUCCUAAGCAGUUAUAACUAAAUGCACUCUGGGUGGCUUGGAUU